ACACACACACACACAGAGCAGCAGACGCUCUCAUCCAGAUCCAGACCAGUGCCAGAACCAGACGCAUGGUCGCCUCUUUCUUCUUUUGUUUUUGCGUGAUUUCGUUCGUAUUUGCACACUGGGACUCGUUUGUGUCACGUGACGAACCGUUUGUGUAUUUUCCACACCUUCUGAGGAAUAACUGUGGGAAUUAAAGGUGCAUGCGGGUUUUUCCUCCUCGACGCACAGGUACAGUAACGUUAGAGGAGAGAAAAUAACCGCCUGUGUGUGUGUGGGGGGGGGACACUAACAGUCGGUUUAUGGUCUGUUCGCUUUCUUCUCUGCUUGCAGAAGUCCGGCUGAAACACUUUGAACCCGGGAUUGUUUGUUCGGAUUAAAUCACAGAAGUAAAGACUCGGUCAGGGAGACUCCGUCUGGACUGCUUUUUUUUUUUUUGAAUUGUCCCAGAAAUGGUGGGGCACCUUCACCUACAAGCGAUGGAUGAUAGUCUCAAAGGAAAGAACCGGGAAGGGCUGCUCGACAGCCCGGACUCCGGAUUGCCCCCGAGUCCCAGUCCGCCCUUCUGCUCCCUGUCCCCGGGUCUGAUCGAGUCGCGCUCCAGCAGCUGCGCGACGCCCGUGGAAAGUCACCAUGGAUUUUAUAAGAAGGAAAGCAAGGAGGGCAAACUGCUGCCCUACCUGCUGCUCAACUCCACGGGGACGGACCCCAAGACCCGCAUGCUCCCCGUGUUCUUCGGAGAAAGCAUCGAGGUCAACCCCAAACCAGAGCAGGAGAUCAAGUGCAACUCUGAGGUCAAGUAUGACUCCGACAAGCAUUACCGGGACCGGGUCUACUGCGCCCCAGUUCCCACGGCGACCUCCUUCAGCGAGACAGUGGUGGCGGUGCAGAACUGCACCUGGAGGAGCUACAAGUCCCAGGUGUACCUGGAGCCGCGGCAGAGGCCCGUCAGCUACCAGAGCACCACCAUCAUCUACCCCAAACACGCCAAGAACACUUACCGCACCACGCUCAACUACAAUGCCGCCGGCUCCCGCCGCUGGUUCGUCUCCACUGUGCAGCUGGAGUCGAGCGAGGACUCUAGUCCCUGUAUCAUCUACACGGAGGAUCUGUAGACACGCAGGAGGAUCAUCGCGCGUGCUCUUUGGAGGACGUGUUGAAAGGCUGUAAAAAAAACAAAAAAAAACAAACAAACAACAAAAACACAAACCCUGCGUGUUUAUCUUUACUAGCCGUGGAGGAAACGUUGGGAACCCGAGUGUAUUUAGACUUUUCUACUGAUGCGGUCUUUAGAGCGGGACUCGGUCCUGUGGCAGUGUCACGCCGCACUUGAAUGGUUCAUGUCUUAUUUAAUGCAAGAGCUGACAAAUUGGUGGCCGUCGCUGUUCUGCCGGUUGCACCUCGGUGAAGGUGACGGCCAAGAGCGCAGACGACGGCGCCCCCCCCGUCGCACCAAUGCAAAGCUUGCUAAUAUGGCUUUAUUGCACUUGUUUUCUUUGUGUCGCAGUCGGCUCUGUGGACUCGCGGUCGCGGGGGGAGACACUUUCGGUGAAAAGAAUUGGACCAAAGACGACGUUCAUCCCCCGACAUGAAUUACACUCUCAACAACAGCUCGUUUAGCUUGAUCAAAAACGGUGGUUUGUAUCGAGUUCAUACCGAAGUCUAUUUUAAAAGUAUCUCAGUUAUGAAAUCUGGUUAAAAUAAUGUGAAAUGCUCCAUGGUGUUUUGGUUUAGGACAAACUUUGAUUUGAACAUGCUAAUGUUGUCGUUCUUAGGAUUCAUGAAGAGAGUGACGCUUAAAAACUCAGCGUAGGACCACAUCGCCCGUAAUUACGCAGAGACGCUCGCACGGCGACGUCUCCAGCCCAAAAUAAAGCACGCCUCUCGAUGGCACCAGCCGGUUUGGUUUUGGUUCAACUUCAUCGCGCUGCACCACUCAAACCCUAAAACGUAACGACUAAUCUUUGUAAAUGUCUUGUUUAUGAGUGCAUAUGUAGAGUAGUGUUACAAUCCACGCAGUGUCACAUGAUAGCAUCACAUUUCCUAUAAAGCAUGUUGUUAUUUAUACUCAGAGUCACUUACAGUUUAAGUGCUGCUGGUGCAGCCGAUGGUGUCAAAGGUCGUUUUUGGACGGAUCCAAAAAAAGCAUAAAAACAAACUAUGAAACUACAAUUUCCCUGUUUUUCGCCGAGCGUCUGUACAGUUCACCGAAACAUUUGCAAAUAUUGAGACUUCAGAAUUUUUUUACCUCAAAAUUUCUUCCUAGGCGUCACUUUUAUUUUGUUGGAGAAAAUUCUUUUUUGUAUAUUCCCUACUUCUCAGUUGAGGUUGUGAAUUUGUUUGAUUUUUUUGGGGGGAUUCUUUUGUGAGACGCUCGCCGGGGGUUUUGUGUGGAGGAGGACGAACGAGAAGCUGGUGGAGCCGCUGGGCUUUAACGAGGGGAACAGGAAGUAGAGUCACGGGGGAAAAGUCACAUCGGCUCUUUCAGAAUAAAACCGAGGAAACGUUGUGUCUUGACUUUUAAAGUUCCAUGGUGAGACAGGUGCAGAGUUGAGUUAUGUGUCAGUGAUGGUGUGUGAGGAUGAGGUGGUGAGUUGUGGUGGGGGGGGGUUUUUUGUGUGUGAGAUACUUUUUUUUGUGUUUCCUAACACUUGAUUUUGUUACUGUAAAAUAUUUCUUCCUGUUGUAUAUUAUGUGGCAUCGAGGCACUUCAUAAUUCUCUUUAUAUUUUUGUACGUCAAUAAUUGCUCCUGUUCUGAUCGAGGAAAAA